AUGAGCGGCCAGGGCCAAAGCUCGGAUCACGCUCUUCUGCUCGGCCCCUCAACCACCUCCGCUUCCUCCUCCUACCCUCCGUUCCCCAUGCCCAAUCCUUCUACUGCUGCUGCUGCUGCUGCUGCUGGUCCCAAUGGUGCCGCUGCUGCUUCCCCUCCGCCUUUCCCCUUCCCCCCGCCUCUCUCCCCCUCUGCGCCGUUCUUCCAAAUGCCGCCCCCCGCACCUUCAUUCCUCCCGUUCUCCCUCUCCCUCCCAUUCACCUCCCUCCUCUCUCCCUCGCACCAAAUCGGCGUUCCUCUGCCGGCCAGCGCGCCGUUUCCCCCGCAGCCCUACUCCCCUCACUCCCCCACCCCGCUUAUUGGCUCUGAAGUUGACGCUGCAGUUGCGGCAGCAGCAGCAGCAGCAGCAGCAGCAGCAGCAGGGGUGGCAGCAGGGGGAGCAGCAGGGGGAGCAGCAAUGGGGACGCCAGUGUCGUAUCCUGGCCUGGCUCAGCCCAUGGGCACGCGAGUACUCUUCUCCCGCUCGCCCACGCUCCUAAACUUCACCAUCCCUCCCCAGCACUUCUCCCUCAAAGCGCUUCCUGAAAUCGUCUUCGCCCUGUUCUGGACGGCCUUUGUCGCCUUCUGGACAGCCACAGCGGCAUCGUCUGGAGCUCCGGUCUUCUUCAUCCUCUUCUCCAUUCCCUUCUGGGCGGUGGGCAUUGGCCUGCUGGCCCACGUGCUACUGCGGCACAUUAUGGACGAAACAGUGACUGUGGACCCUGCCACGUGUCAGCUCACGAUUCAUCGAACGACUUUGCCGUUCUUUGGCCUGUCCACCAUGCACACUGCUCUCAUCCACGGCGCGUUAGUCAACUACACCAUGCAGGUCUUUAUCUUGUACCUUCUCUCCGUGGUAUGA